UGAUGUAAAAAAAUAGUACAUUGUAAUGUAAUGUGACUCAUUUCACAUUUUUGACGAUGUUUUUAAAAUCAAUGUUUCUGUAAGAACGGAACGCAACGAAUUGUCAGUGUCAGUUUUAAUGGUCAAGGCUAGCUGGCGUUUCAUGGUGAUUUUGUUUGGAAUCGUACCGAAAAUUUGUUAAAAUGGCUUUAAAACGGGAAAGAGGUAGUAAUUUUACGCGCGUAGAAAGUGACACGUUAAUUCAACUUGUACUUAAAUAUAAAAACGUGCUGGAAAACAAAAAAAGCGAUGCCGCUACAUGGGCGGAAAAAGAACAAUGUUGGCAGAAAAUAGAAACAAGUUUUAACAGUAUAAGUAGUGUUCGAUUUCGUAGUGCAAAAGCACUAAAAAUCAAAUACGACGGAAUAAAGAGGGAUACGAGAAAGAAAUCCGCGGCGAUCCGGGCAGAAACGUAUCGUACGGGAGGCGGUCCAAGUACCGCUCCAAUGUUGACACCGAGCGAAGAAAAAGUAAAGGAGAUGAUUUUACUUUCAGUGGUUGGAAUGGACAGUGUAUUUGACUCUGACAAAAUAACAGAAACAGGUAAAAAUACUUUUUACCCAUAUCAAACACAAGUAAACUCAUACCUAUAUAUAACCAGGGGGGUGAUUUUCUAACCCCAACAUCUAUCUCGAUUGCUUUCAAUUUGACUGGCAUUGCUUGUUGUCUACAGCAUGCUUACAAAAUUGCUUUAGCAAAUGAGCAGUGGUAGUCAAAUUGAAAGUGAUUGUGAUAGAUAGUAGGGUUAGAAAAUACCCUCUCAGGCUACAUUCAACAUAGCUUGACUGUUUACCUAACCUACUGAUCUUAAAAUUGGAAAUUACUAUUUUUAUUUACAGAAUCUCCUCAACUGAUGACCAACCCAAAUAUAAUUGAUGAAAAUUCUAGAAAUUUCACUGAUGAACUAGCAGUUUCACCAAUCUGAACCUGUAGUUGUUGAAACUAUUGAAAUGCCUGAUGAAACGCUUCUGAUACAUGAAGAACCAAUAUCAAAUGCUUCAUGUGAGAAUGAGCAAAAAAUAAGAAAGUUGAGCAAAAACAACUCUGAUGAUGCCGAUGUUGAAUCUGCCACAAAAUGGUCACAAUGGAAACCAUCAUCUUUACGUGCAAAGAAACAUCCUGCUUUGUGUAAACAGAAACCCAAGAGACCUUUUGAAAGGGUGGCAGAAAGCAAACUGGAAAUUGCAGGCAUCCAAAAACAAAUUCUUGAAGAAGAAUUAGAGAAUAAACGGAAACAGUGGUUAUUUGAAGAAGAAGAACGACAGCACAAACAAACAAUGUGGGCCUUAGAGAGGCAAUUGUUACAAAAUAAAAUAGAUAAAAUUGUGUAAACAUUUUAUUUCCAAUAAAUUUUUGUACAUAGC